AUGUUACCGCAUGUGUUACUAGAUUCACCAGUCUCAGAUAUCCCAUUGUCCUUACUGGUCGAUUCAGGCUCUGCUAUAUGUCUUCUAAAAGAAUCCAGUAUCCAUAAUAACCAAAAGAUAAUUAAAGAAUCCAUUAAACUUAAGGGUAUAGAUCCCGGCGACGAACCGACCCAAACAGUAGGUCAUUUCCAACUCAAGCUCAAUUUAAGUGAUAACAAAUUCGUGCCUUUUAAAUUUCACGUCAUCAGAGACAUUAACCUACCCUAUGAUGGAAUAAUAGGGACCGACUUCCUGACCACUUUUGGUUGUAAAAUCGAUUAUACUAACGAUAGGUUGAAAAUUGGUAAAUUCGAUAUCAAAUUACAUUUUUCCGAACCUUUUUAUGUAAUUCCCCCUCGAACUGAAACCGUUAUUGAAUGUUCAAUUAAGAAGACCAAUCUUAAAGAAGGCAUAGUUACCGAUCAACACAUUUCCGAUAAUAUUCUGAUAUCUAACUGUAUUGUUAAAAUUAAAGACAACAAUUGUGUUAAUCUAACCAUUGCAAAUGUCUCAGAGUCUUUUAUAAAUAUCAAAAAAAACCUAAACCUCAAGGUUGAACCUUUAGAACUUACUGUGUUCCCAGUAACUCCGAAUACCCAAAAGAUAUCUAAACGAACUGAUGAAGUUAUUCGCUCACUAAGAACCGAUCAUUUAAAUCAAGAAGAAAGGGAAGCUCUUAUUGAACUUUGCUCCCAAUAUUCGGAUAUUUUUCACCUCCCCAAUGAUCAAUUAUCCUAUACCACCGCCCUUGACCACAAAAUUAAGACGAGCAGCGAAACUCCUAUUCACACAAAAUCAUAUCGAUUCCCAGAAUUUCACAAAAAGGAAGUAGAGUCACAAAUUAACAAGAUGCUUGACCAGGGCAUCAUAGAACAUUCAUCUUCCCCAUGGAGUUCACCAAUCUGGAUAGUCCCUAAAAAAUUAGAUUCUCAAGGUCAACGAAAAUGGCGAAUAGUUAUCGAUUAUCGGAAAUUAAACGAUAUCACCAUCGGCGAGACAUAUCCUAUCCCACAAAUAUCCGAAAUACUUGAUCAGUUGGGAAACUUCUUUGGCACCAAGGUAUUCAGACCAUAUAUCUAUGGCCAUCGUUUCACUGUUCUAACGGAUCACAAACCAUUAGAAUGGCUAUUCAAGUGCAAAGACCCGGGAUCGCGACUUAUCCGUUGGCGCCUGAAAUUGGAAGAGUUCGAAUACGACAUUCAAUAUAAAAAGGGGAAAAUUAAUACUAAUGCGGAUGCCCUGUCCCGAUUUCCUGUUAACCCAAUCCAACCUGAAAACGCCCCUAGUGCCCAAAGAGAAUCUCCUUCAAUAGAUGAAGAUCUUAUGGACUUAUUAAUAUCACCUCCUUCAUUUAACCCGACCGAUUUCCACCUGGUAGCUGGUGAGGAUAUCUUGCCCUUACCUGAAAUAGACUUAUCUCCAACAGAUCUUCUCGAUACCAACCAGGAUACUCCCACAUUACCUGGAACAACCUUAUCUUCCUUAAAUCCUAAUCAAGACAUUCCAGCGCCAUCUGAAAUAAAUCAGCACUCUAGUGUACAGAGAGCUCUUUCUGAGAUUCCAAAAAUACUUCAAGAGAACCACGAUAUUCCAAUUGCGGGACAUCUUGGUAGUACUGUAUGCUUAAAAGAAUUCAGGAAACUUUUUACUGGAAAAACAUUGAUUAUAAGCAUUAUUUUUAUUAUUUUUAUUUACUAUACAACCAUUAUUUACAGCCCAGUUCGAGGUCAUUCACAACAAGAUUACAUUCAGCCAAUUACUACAAGCUCAGGCCUUUACUAUGAUUAUCUAGGGAACCUUAAGAUUAAUAAUGUAGAGUUAAAAAUACUAAUACCUGUAGACAUUUCUCAUUUCGGCCCAAAUAUUCUAAACAUUGAAACUGCCUUAAAUACUACAGAACAGUUAUGUAACCAAACCAGAAAAGGAAUUGAUGCGGAAUGUCAUAAAUUAUUACUACCACUAACAGUAAGACUUCACGAUAUGAAUAGAGACUUUGCAUCUAUCUCACAUUUAAUGGAUAACAGAUUCAGACGAAACGCUUGGAUAGGAGGUAUAGGAACAAUCCUAAAACAUAUUGUAGGUUCCUUAGAUGAAAACGAUGGAUUAAAAUAUGACGAAGCGAUACGAUCCUUACAAAAUAAUGAAAAACAGUUGGCUUCACUAAUGAAGGAAAAUAUUUUGGUUACUGCCUCUAUUUUAACACAUUUUAAUGAUACUUUAAGUAAAAUAAGAGAUAAUGAAAUUAAUCUUAAUGAAGCUAUCGACAAACUCUCGUUAAAUGUAAAAAACAUUAAAGAAACCACCGAUGAAUUACAAUUACUGGCCAAUAUUAAUGAGAUAGUUGGUAUCCUAGAGACGUCAAUACUCGCUUUAUCAUUCCAAUUAGAAGACAUAAUUAACGCCAUUUUAUUCAGUAGUCAAAAUAUCCUGCACCCUGCAAUGAUAACACCAAGUCAGAUAUACCGAGAGCUUGCCGAUAACUACAGAUACUUGCCCAGCGAUCUCGAAUUGCCUGUAAACUUAGAUAUUAAGUCAAUUUAUCUUAUUUUAAGUAUUUCUAAACUAUUAUGCUAUUAUGUUAAUAAUAAGAUUAUAUUUGUUUUGCAAGUGCCACUGGUCAAUACCAGAGAAUAUGUAUUAUUUCAUAGUAUUAGCUUACCGACACCGUACAACCCUAAAGAACCAGAUUCGUUUAGCUUAAUCAUACCCGAAAAUAAAUAUAUAGCAAUGACCAAAGACAAAUCCCAUUAUUGCGUUUUCGACAAUAUGGAAAUCUGUAAACCCGUAAGUUUGGGAAGUUACAUAUGCGACAUUGAAAAUGUGUAUUCCGUGGAUGCGAAACCUGUAUGUGAAAGUGAAUUAUUGGCGAAAGUGAUAAGUGAAAAACCAGUACAAUGUGAAACCAAAAUAAUAAUAGGAGAACUGGAUGUUUGGAAACCUUUGAAAAACAAUAAGUGGCUCUAUAUUCAAUCGAAACCAAAUAAAGUUUCAAUAGACUGUUUAAAUUCAAAAUUAUACGAAACAACCAUUUUAGGCACAGGCAUAUUGAGCAUCCCGGAUAAUUGUAUUGGAUACUGUAAAAGCACCACACUAAUACCAAGACACAACAUUCUAAAUAUCACUUCACCUAUUAACCAUGUACCAGAAUUUAAUUUGAUUAAUGACACUUGCUGCAACUUAGUUAAGUUAAAUAUAUUUUCAAAUAAUGUGUCUCCUGUUCAACUACAAAAUAUUGAUUUAGAUGAAUUUAGUUCAAAAAAUAAAAUAAUUAUAAAUUCCCUUUUAAAUGAAUUAAGGGCAAUUGAACAUCCUCAAAGCCCACAUAUUGUUAAAUAUGGGACACAAUAUUCUAUUUUUAUAAUUAUAAUCUUAGUGUGUUUUAUUAUUAUUAUAGCAUAUAUAAUUUUUAAGGAAUUUUGUAGAGCCGGCAGCAACCGCCACUUUCGAUUCAACUUUAAGAAAUCAUCUCCCAUAUCUGCUCCCAAAACAAUAGACAACACAACUAACAGACAAGACUCUGAAAUAGAAGUAAUUACACCUAUUGCCCCAUUAAGGACCAGAAUUUGAAAGAGACUCGGAUCAAUCCCAAGUCUCUUCUUAAAGGGGGAGGUGUUAUACCCUAGCCCUGUACGGGUUAGUGCUGCGUUGGCGCUCUAACCCACCUUGGUCAGCAUUUCUGCUUCCCUUGACGAGCAAUGGCCAUUUUUAAGUCAGUCUGUCUCGAGCUUUCAAAGCGAACGGUUGCCUAAGGACAUACAAACUUAUUUUGUCCUAAGUCCUUUAUUUUAAUAUAUCGUGUGUGUAAACCAUUCCUUUUUUUAAAAACCCAAUUGAGGUAAUCCGUAUAACAGUCCGUAACACCGGAGGAAUUUCACACUAAG